CCUCCCAAAACCCUAGCUCUCCCGUCCCCAUUUCUCACUCCGCAGCCGCUUAGGGUUAGAAAGAGAGAGAGCCAGAGCUUCAACAAUGGUGUCCGGGUCAGGGAUCUGCGCCAAGCGCGUGGUGGUGGACGCUCGUCACCACAUGCUGGGCCGCUUGGCUUCCAUUAUCGCCAAGGAGCUCCUCAACGGCCAGAAGGUCGUCGUCGUCCGCUGCGAGGAGAUCUGCAUCUCCGGUGGCUUGGUCAGGCAGAAGAUGAAGUACAUGAGGUUCUUGCGUAAGCGCAUGAACACCAAGCCCUCUCACGGCCCCAUUCACUUCCGUGCCCCCGCUAAGAUCCUCUGGCGCACAAUCCGUGGGAUGAUUCCACACAAGACAAAGCGUGGAGCUGCUGCGCUUGCUCGUCUGAAGGCCUAUGAGGGAAUUCCACCUCCUUAUGAUAAGAUUAAGAGGAUGGUCAUUCCCGAUGCUCUCAAGGUCUUGAGGCUUCAAGCAGGACACAAAUACUGUUUGUUGGGCAAGCUUUCAUCAGAGGUUGGAUGGAACCACUAUGACACUAUCAGGGAGCUUGAGAAGAAGAGGAAGGAGAGGUCUCAGAUUGCAUAUGAGAGGAAGAAACAGCUGAACAAACUGAGAGUCAAAGCAGAAAAGGUUGCUGAGGAGAAACUUGGUCCUCAUCUAGAGAUCAUUGCCCCGAUCAAGUAUUGAGCAGUAGACAUUUCUCUUUUAAGAUGAAAAUGUUGUGAACUGAGUGGAGUCUGUUUUCCUAAUGAUACUUCAGUUUUGUGUUUGAUGGUUAAAAUAGUCGUAAUUUUGUAUGCCAACCUUAUUUAUAAAUUAGCCAAGUUGUUUUUUCAAUUCAA